AUGGUGCUGCCCGGGGCUCUGCUGCUGCUCUGCCUGCCCGCCCUGCACGGCCUCCUCCAGUUUCCUUUGGCACAUGCCCUUGAGCAGAAGCAUCUCUCCUUAGACAAAGCCGUGGAGUUCAAGGACCUGAAAGGGGCUGGUGCUGCUCAGCUGGAGAUCACCACGGCAGAUCCCCCCGAAGCGGCUCCGCCCCCGCUGCGCACCGAGGUGAGGGAUUCAACCGCCGACACCUGGGAGGACAUUUAUGGACCCACGACACCAUCCACCACCACAACCCCAGCGCCAGGCAGCGGCGGUGAUGGAGACCCGGGGGAAGUUAGCUCUUCUGAGGAGGAAGAUGAGGACGAAGAUAAAACCUGUGACAAGAUCGGGAAGAAAAGCCACAGACUAGCAAAAGGGUUGAUGAAAUUCAGCUUUGAUCUCCUCAGAGAGGUCCAGCUGGAGCCCAGCAGCAACAACGUGAUCCUGUCUCCCCUCAGCAUCACCCUCGCCUUGUCUCACCUGGCACUAGGAGCAGCAAACCGGACGGAGCGGCGCUUGCUGGAGGCCCUGCGCCUGGCGCCGGUGCCCUGCGUGCACCAGGGGCUGCGCAACGCGCGCGCGAGGCUGGCAGAGGCCCUGCUCGGCGCCGCGGCACGCGUCUACCUGCGCAAAGGAUUGGAGGUUAAAGAGAAGUUCCUGGAGGAUUCGGAGAGAUUCUACGGGGCCAAGCCGGUGACGCUGUCUGGGGACAGCGAGCGUGACCUCGUGGCCAUAAACAAGUGGGUAGAGCUGGCAACUAAUGGGCAAAUACCCACCUUCCUACGCCAGCUCCCUGAGGACACAGUGAUGCUCUUGCUCAGUGCUAUCCACUUCCAUGGGUUUUGGAGGACUAAGUUUGAUGCCAACCUCACUGAGCCAGACAUAUUCCACCUUGAUAAUGAUUUCAUGGUCCCAGUUGAGAUGAUGAAAGCCCAGAAAUACUCCUUGAGCUGGUUUACACUGGAGCCCUUGGACAUUCAGGUGGCCAAGUUUCCCUUCAAGGGUAACAUGAGUUUCCUGGCCAUUGUACCAAACCAGUUUAGUUGGAAUGUUUCUCAUGUGCUGGAGAACUUCCCUUACGAACAGCUACGCAGCCUCUUCCCCAAAGAGGUACCCACCACAGUGAAGAUCCCCAAAUUAAAGGUGGACUAUCAGCUGGAACUCAACAAGGUUCUCAGUCAAAUAGGCCUCCAGGAGUUGUUCACAAACCCAGACCUCCGCAAGAUCACCGAGGAACCUCUCUUUGUAUCCAGCAUACAGCACCAGUCUACAUUGGAGCUUAAAGAAGAUGGGGUGGAAGCAUCGGCUGCUACUGGCGUCAUGUUGUCACGGUCACUCUCUGCCUUCAGCCUCGACCGACCCUUUCUCUUCAUUAUCUUUGAUGAAGAAACAGGCAUCCCGCUUUUUAUAGGCAGCAUCCAGAACCCUAAUCCCAGUGCUGCUCCCCAGGUGAAAGAGCCACAGGACUCACAUAAUGUCACAGAUGUCACUGAGUAUCCUAUGCCCAAAUAA